CAUUCUCGGUCGUCAUUCCGCGUCUGAAUUCUAGAGUGAAUGGUUUAAUAAUUUUAUGCUCGACGCCCAAGCCGGAAUUGAGCUUUUAUAAUUGGACAGGUUCUAGCAGUUUUUUCAGGUGUCUCAUAAGCUGAGUUGAGAAAUAUAGGUGGUCAGUUCGUCCGUUUUGGUGCUUUGCCUUAGUUGCAGAUUAUAUACAGAUUAAGAAAUUGUGGUCUUCUAAUAAGGCAAGCAAAACACUCGAUGGAUCCUAAUCUAGUAGAGAAGGCUAUUGGAUUCCACGGGAUACCACUGCAAAAGAUCUGGGAAGGCGAACGAGGUGACGCUGAUCUUUCGAGUAUCGGAGUCAUAAAUCCGGAUUAUUUAGUUUUCCAAACGCGUCAAAAAUCGCUUACCUUUCACGAUCGCGCGAAACGCUUUAAAUUGCAUCAGUUCCUAGCCAAGAAGGCGGAUGUGUUGUAUGAUAGUUCCCUAACAGCUUCAGCGUCGAAAGAACGCAGUGAGAGACGUAGGCACGGAGAUUUCCAACAGUACAACAAGUUUAUAAUACCGCCUUUGGACGUUUUUAUGGAGGUGGACACGAAUGAAAAAGUCUCCCAUUUUCUCGAGACAACAAGACCCGGUGAUGUCGUUUACGGCGAAGUGCUCAAUAAAUCCCCGCGAGGUAUUGUAUUCAAAGUAUUAUUUUCGCUUGGGAAUACAUGUUGCUACAUGAACGUAAGCAAUGUGAAGGCAUACAUUGAUAUGAAUUUAUUGGUUCCAAUAUUGGAUCGUGAUGGCACUCCAAGAAGUUACACAACUAACGAUUUGAUCUGUUGUGAAAUCAGUGAUGUAAAACCGUAUGCAAGGAAGUUGAUUUGUACAAUGCAACGUUCUAUGAUCAGCCGAUGUCCGAGCAAUAUCAGUUAUGGACUUAUAACGACAGAUGAAUUACCGAUGUCAUACAAUUUUGCAGUUGCGAAGGAUAACCAACCAUACGAAUAUUAUUUGAGAAAGACGCCAUCCUUCAAUGAUCCCCGAGGUGUGCAGAAUUUGAUGCAAGAGCUUGGUUUAGACCAGCACGUGUUUUAUACCAAUAUGUCAAGCUUGAAGGGAAAAUUUUCGCAACAGGAAUACGCUGGAGAACUGCGUAACGCACAGGCUAACAAAUGGGCCUUCCGAUCGGUUGCGGAAGGUAUUGAACACUUCAAGGAAGGUCGACAUUCCGAAGCAUUCCAGUGUUUGAACAAAGCGCUCAGCAUUGAUCCACGUAAUGUGGAAGGACUGGUUGCACGUGGGGCACUGUACGCAAACAGUGGCUCCUUCAAGAAGGCAGUCGAUGAUUUCGAAAUGGCGCUCAAAAUUAAUUCUUCUCACGCCAACGCAAAAAAGUACAUGGGUGAAACUUUGGUAGCUUUGGGUAGAAGCUACGAGGAAGAGGGCCGUAUCGACGAAGCAAAGAAGGCUUAUCAGGAUUGUUUGAACAUCAUCCCUCACCACGAAGAGGCACAGAAUUCAUUGGAUUUCCUGAAGUCGAAAUCAUACGCUAAACAGAUUGUGGCACCCAAUGAGCUGGAAUUGCCAGCUUUGAACAUCCCCAAAUCCUCGACGCAUGAGCGCAGCAAGCAGGAGCCAGACACAUCCGGUGUAAGUGGUUCCAAGCGCGAUGGCUCGGAGCUCCGCAAGGAUAGGAAGAUUAGCAAGAAGCAAGAGAAGAAAAAGCGUCACAAGAAGCAACAGAGCAGCUCGAGUGAUUCUAGCUCGAACAGUUCCGAUUCGAGCGAUUCGAGCAGUGACUCGGAAAGUAGCAGUAGCGAUUCCUCAUCCAGCUCAGAUUCCUCGAGAUCAUCGGCUCCCAAGAAACGCAGCAAGCGGAGCAAGAAUGACAAGAAGCAGAAAUCCUUGUCCCCGCUCAGCAAGCGCAUGUCGGCCGGAAUGGGCAAUGAUAGCCGCGGCCAGGAAGGAUCGUUUCCGUUUGGAAAUCAAGCCGGGCAAUCAUCGUCCAUGGUUGGUUCGGAUGAUUAUGAAUUGAAGGUUCGCAAAUUUCUUGAUAUGCCUCGCGAUGAGGAUGACUAUGGCGAGAAGGUGCGGCGUUUCGUAGCGGAAGCCGCUAAGUAUCAGAAAGAGCGUAAGGCUCAGGAGGAGAAAUCCAAGAAAAAGAAGAAGAAGGAAGAUAAGAAAGCCAAGAAGGACAGUAAAAAGAAACGCAAAAGUGAUGACAAGAAGAAAUCCAAAAAAAAGGACAAAGAUGACGACGUUCUGAACAAUGAAAAGCUGAAGGAAGCUUUGAAGAUUUUUGAAAAUUUCCCCGUUUUGGAUGAGUUGGGUACGAAGCUGUCGGAAUAUUAUGCCAAGUUGGAAAAUCCGGGCGUGGCGGGACCCAGCGGUAUGGCGACGGUUGUAUCCUCACUGUUAGGGAAAAGUUCCAAGAAGGAUGCACAGAAGUUGGAAAAAUUAGACGAGUCCAAAAGCGGCUCGAAAUCGGCGGACUUAAUAAAAGAGCGCGAAGAGAAGGAUGGAAAAUGGCGUAUGAUGUUUAACAAGGAUGAGAGAUCCGCCAAGGAACAACCUCCUCCGAGCAAGAAUUUUGUUCCAAAACAAUACGCUUUCUCGAAUGAGUCGGACGAUGAGAGUGGUUCUCUUGGAGUAUUUCAGAUGCAGCAACAUCAGCAACAAUUACAACAAAAAGCUAACCAGAGAAGUGGACGCUAUGAUGAUGAUAAGAACAGAAGAAGACCACUCAGUCCUGACAAGCAGAAACCUUCUGUUUCGCAAAUGCCUCCUGUCAAAUCGGGACCCGUUGUUCUGGAUAAGUUUGGCAAUUUCAGGUUAGCUAAUGCGGAUGAUGCAGUAAAACCUCCGGAACCUUCAGGACCACCCCGUCGUUCACGUAGCAGAUCACGUGGAAAUAGAUACGGAAGUUCAAGUCGAUCACGGUCACAAAGCUUGAGGAGACGAUCACGUUCGGGUAGCUUCAGACGACGCUUCAGUCGAUCGGGAUCCCGAUCGUUCAGUCGAUCUAGAUCUCGUUCGUAUUCGAGAAGUCGAUCCCGUUCUCGCAGCUUCGAGCGUCGUCGUUUCGAUCGUCGUGGAUACCGCGGCAGAGGCGGUUUCCAUGACAGACCUUUCGGAAAACGUUUUAAUUCUAGGGGAGGAUACAUGAACCGCCGAGGCGGUGGCUUCCGCGAUUUCAGAGAUAAUAAUCGAGGAGGAUACCGAGAUCGUCCGUUCCGAAAUCGAUUCCGAGGAAGAUUCCAACGAUCGAUUAGCCGGAGCACAAGUAAAUCUCCAGAUCGUAUUCCCGUGAGUCCAUCCGAUCGCCAUCGUCCGGAUCGGGAACGGGAUCGUUCCCGUGAACGUGGACGAUCACGUGAUCGCAACACAGAAUACAAACGGUUUAAAGAGGUAGCUGAACCGACGAAACCCAAGGAAAAGAAAGAGGAAAAAGAAAAAUCUGUAGUUGAACCUAAAAUUCAAGCACCAGAACCGGAGACAAGUCACCAGACUUCUUUAACGGACGAAAUUGAAGGGAGGUGGGCAGACAGGAAGGAUGAUGACGAGAAGGAUCCACCACCUCCAGGGGCUGAAGAUAUAUCUCUGGAGAACUUUGAGCGUAUUUUAGAUAAAGCCCGUAAGGAGAAAAAAGACGACAUGAUCGAAAGAAAUAAGGAUUUAUUGAAGAAAUCAAGUGACUCAUAAAUUUAUACUUUCCUAGUUUCUAGCAUUUCCAAGCAAUUGGCACAUUACAACAAAGUUCAACUCGUGUUGAAACGCAUAUAUUGUUGAAUGACAUUGCGUAAUACAGUUGUCUCACAGAUACAGUUUUCGAUUGUAGUAGAGCGCACUAAUAAAUUAAUCAGCGAAACAA